GAGGUGGAGGAGGAGAGCACUUGAUCAUUGUGAUGGUGGCAGCAGGAGCAGGAGCAGCAGCAAGCAAAGCAAAGCAUUAGGCUGUAUCAGCUCGGCGAUUUGCAAAGACUUCAGCUUCCACUUUUUCAGAUCGCCCGGAUUGUUCAUGUGUUUACUUCCCCCACCCUGAGGAUUUGCUAUUUAGGUUCCUGUUGAAAUGCAACUGAGCAGUCAAAGUACUCUGAGCACACGGUGCGGCAUAAACACCAAAACUUUUUUUCUGGAAGGAAAAUACAAUAAGAAAGCGGCUUUGCCUGUCUUUUGGUGCUGUGGAGUGUGAGUGAGUGUGGUGUGUGACCCGUGUGUGCCUUUGCUGGAUGUGUGUGAAUGUUUGUGUGUGUGUAUGCAUGUGGAAGGGUGCGUGUUUCUCUCUAUACAGGGGGAGCGAAAUCUUUGGCAAAAUCUCCGGAAAACUCCUGGAAUUUAUUUUGAAAUGAUGGAUUAUAAAAAGGAAAAGGGAGGGAAGGAACUGAUCUGAGCUCUCCUCGAGUUUGCAACCCGAAUUGCUGCUGCUGCUCACUUUGUUGUGAUUCUUUUUACGGUUGUGUAUCUGGCGAUGGUAACCUUUUAGCACCUUCUUUUGCGCUUUUACAUAAAUACUGGAAAAUUUCGUACAGGUUCGGCCGAGGGAAGAGAGAAACAUUCACCUGUGUUCGCUCUACUUGUUGGUGUUUCCCCCCAUGGUUCACUAAAAAGUAUCACAAACAGGACCCCAGAGGAGGCAGGGGUGUGCGUGUGUGUGUGAGAGAAGGGGAGGAUAAAAAGUUCUUCCAAAAUAGUGUGCACGGGGAAGAGGAUGGGGGAUUUUGCAGCCCCCGCUGCCUCCGCGAAUGGCAGCAGUAUUUGCAUCAACAAUAACCUGAACAGCGGCCUCAGCGGGGCUGGUGGUGCCGGUAUCGGGGUUAAUAGCACUCCCCACGGUCCUCCUGCUGCUGCUCAUAGUAACAAUAAUACUAAUAGCGGCGGCGGCAUUCCCAAGCACAGCACCGUGGUGGAGAGGCUGAGGCAGCGUAUCGAAGGCUGCAGAAGGCACCAUAUCAACUGCGAGAGCAGGUACCAGCAAGCCCAGGCGGAGCAGCUGGAGCUGGAGCGCCGAGACACGGUGAGCCUCUACCAGAGGACCCUGGAGCAAAGGGCCAAGAAAUCCGGCACCGGCGGCGGGACUAGCAAGCAGCAGCAGCAGAGCAAACAGCAGCAAGAUGCCGAGGCUGCCACGGCCGAGCAGAGGAACCACACUCUGAUCAUGCUACAAGAGACAGUGAAGAGGAAACUGGAAGGAGCGCGUUCACCCCUCAAUGGAGAGCAGCAGAAUGGUGUCUGUGAUGGCAGUUUCUCUCCAACCAGCAAGCGGAUUCGCAAGGAUGUACCAGGAAUUGAUACAAUCAGUAGCUUGCCCAGUAACUUGCCUUUGCCUUCUGUUUCUCCUCCUCACCAGCUUGACAUGAAGCCUUCCUUACCUCUGCAGAACAGUGGAACUCAUGCUAGUGGGCUGGAAGACUUAGGUAAAAAUGGUGGACUUCCAGAGAUAAAGCUCCCAGUUAAUGGUUGCAGUGAUCUUGAGGAUAGUUUUAACAUCCUGCAGAACAAGGAAUUAAAACAAGAACCUUUGGAUGACCCCACCUGCAUAGACACUUCUGAAACAUCCCUUUCAAAUCAAAACAAGCUCUUCUCAGACAUUAAUCUGAAUGAUCAAGAGUGGCAGGAGUUAAUAGAUGAACUAGCCAACACUGUACCAGAAGAUGAUAUACAAGAUUUGUUCAAUGAAGACUUUGAAGAGAAGAAGGAACCAGAAUUUCACAGGCCUGCUGCUGAGAUUCAAGAAAGUCCAAGUGUUAAGAGUGACCCGUCUCAUUCUCCAUUUGCUCAUGUACCAAUGGGGUCUCCCCAGGUGAGGCCUUCUUCUUCAGGCCCUCCAUUUUCAAAUGUCUCCACAGCUUCUAGUAUUCCUUCUGUCUCCAGUGCUCCACCAGCUCCAAUCCCUGCCAUCUCACCAGCAAACUGUGUUGUUCAGUCACCCCAAACUCCCAACCAAGCCCAUACUCCAGGCCAAACUCAGUCACGACCUGGAAAUGGUUAUCUUAUUAAUCCAGCAUCAGUAACUGUUGCAGGUUCAGGGUCUGGUCCUGUGGCUAUACCCAGUGCUGACUUGUCUCCAGCUGAACAGCUCAAACAAAUGGCAGCACAGCAGCAACAAAGAGCUAAACUCAUGCAGCAGAAGCAGCAACAGCAGCAUCCAAAUCAAGCAUCAAGCUGGUCACCUGUGGGACCUCCAUCUAGUCCGUAUGGAGGACCGUUCACUACAGACAAACCAAAUAGUCCAAUGAUGUAUCCCCAAGCCUUUAACAACCAAAACCCUAUAGUGCCUCCGAUGGCAAACAAUCCACAGAAGACCACCAUGAAUAACUACCUCCCUCAAAAUCACAUGAAUAUGAUCAAUCAGCAGUCAAAUAAUUUGGGUACAAACUCUUUAAGCAAGCAGCCCAAUAUGCUUACUUAUGGCAACACUAAACCUCUGACUCAUUUUAAUGCUGAACUGAGCCAGAGAAUGACUCCACCAAUAGCCAAUCCCAGCAAGAACCCCAUGAUGCCAUACAUCCAGCAGCAGCAGUCCCAACAGCCGCAGAUGCAAGCUCAGAUGGCCCAUCUGAGUGAGGAACAGAAACGCAUGCUUAUUAUGAAGCAGAAAGGAAUGAUGAAUCAACCAAUGGCAUACGCAACAAUUCCCUCCCUCGGCCAGGAACAGCAUCCGGUGGGACUUUCUCGGACCACAGGCCCUAUGCAGCCCUCUGUCCCACCAAGCUCCAGCAAUGUGGUCACAGGUGCAAACACUGGAGGUCCCAGUUUCCUGGGAAACCAGCCGCAAGCAGCCAUCAUGAAGCAGAUGCUGAUUGAGCAACGGGCCCAGCUCCACGUGAUGGAGCAACAGAAGCAACAGUUUCUAAGGGAGCAAAGGCAGCAGCAGCAGCAGAUCCUGGCAGAGCAGCAGUUGCAGCAGCAGUCACAUUUGCCUCGGCAACAUCUCCAGCAGCAGCGGAACUCGUAUCCAGUGCAACAAGUCAGUCAGUUCCAAGGUUCUCCCCAGGAUAUAGCAGCAGUGAGAAACCAAGCAGCGCUUCAGAGCAUGAGGACCUCCCGAAUGAUGGCCCAGAAUGCAGGCAUGAUGGCAAUGGCGCCCUCUCAGAACCCUGGUACAAUGUCGACAGUGGCUGCUCAGUCCGAGAUGGGAAUGACUCCUUACAGCAACACAUCUACCAGCCAACCAGGAAUGUACAAUAUGAGCACAGGAAUGAGCCAAAUGUUGCAGCACGCAAACCAAAGUAGCAUGACCAUGGCACAUAGUGCGGGCCAGGGACCAAGGCAGCCCACGUCCGGACAAGGGGUUGGAAUUGUCAGCAGCUUUGGUCAAAGUAUCCUGGUAAACUCUAUUCCCCAACAGCAUCAGCAGAUGAAAGGACCUGUGAGCCAGGUCCUGCCCAGAGCACAAGCUCCUAGGCUUCAAAAUAUGAUGGGAACUGUCCCUCAAGGAGCACAAAACUGGCAGCAGCGAGGCUUACAAGGUAUCCCUGGAAGGACUAGCAGUGAAAUUGGGUCAUUCAACAAUGGCACGGCAUAUCCAGUGCAGUCUGGGCAACCAAGGCUGCCCAAGCAACAUUUUCCACAGGGAAUUAACCAGUCAGUAUUGGACACGACUGGAACAGUCAGAGCCCUGAACCCAGCAAUGGGAAGACAAAUGCUGCAACAGCUCCCUGCGCAACAAGGAACCAGCCAAGCAAGGACAAUGGUCAUGCCUGCAAUAAGUCAGGGGGUUCCCACAAUGCCUGGUUUCAGUCAGCCCCCUACACAGCAGAUGCCAGGUGGGAGUUUUGCUCAGAGUAGCCAGGGUCAGGCCUAUGAGAGGAAUCCCGCUCAGGACAUUUCUUACAAUUACAGUAAUGAUGGAGCUGGAGGUUCCUUUUCAAGUAUAACAGAGAGUGCAGACCUUGUGGACUCCAUCAUUAAAGGCGGACCAGGUGAUGAGUGGAUGCAAGAACUUGACGAGUUAUUUGGAAACCCAUAGUGAAUGGGAUUGUACAGUUUAACACUCUGAUUGUUAAGUUCAAAAAAGAAAACAGGAUGUCCCCCCAUCCUUGUUUUUUGCUUUUUACUCUGUGCAGACUGAGCUGGCUGUGGGAGAGUCAGGAGGUGAUUAAAACAUUGACGUGUUAAUUUCACAAAACUUCCACAAAGCAAUCUCCACUGCACAGCAGUACCUGCUCUGCCUGGCUGUGAGACAUGGGAAUGGGGGUGGGGAGGGGCUGGAAAAAGCAGCUGCGCGCUGCCCAUGGAAAGAGCUGGUGCACUCUGUGUGGUGAGGCACGGUUGCAUAGCGAUGUGAUGUUCCCAAUCUCUCCCAUUCCAUUUUACUGUAAUUGCUGCAGCUUUCAGGGCAUGUGAAGAGCUAGAUCCCUGAGGCCGGGAACAAAACCUAAAGGAGUUGCCAGGUGAUUGUGCAGCUCAAAAAUGUGUUGAACUCUGGGUAUAAAUAGAUCCCAGAUUUCAAAGUGUUCCUGUCCCUUUGAUUUGAUACAGAGCAUGGCUUCUGGAGCCUACUCAGUUGCCAGCGAAUGUCCAGCACACAUGUGAUUAGCCUAACCAAUCAUCGAAGGGUUACCAUUUUCACUGGAGAGUGAUAAAACAUGAAUAGCUUGGCAGAACAUAAAUCUGGCAAUACAAAGAGCAAGACAGAGUACAGGACUGUCGGUGGAUAGGAAUGGACAUCCCCACUGUUUAAGUGGGUGGGUUAGCUUAAUGAGCAAUUAAUUCUCUUUUAGGCUCAGCACUGUGUUUCUGUAUUUGGGUGCUUUGGCACAUCUGUGCUGGCUGGUAAUGUACUGUAGGCUAGCAGCUAAACGAGGUGUAAAAGGACUAAGCAGAGUGAACAGAUUACACUAGAGUUCUAUGUAGAUCCAAUUUAAGCCCCCUUUUCCUCCUCCUCCUCCAAUAUACUUAUAAUUCUAGGGCUGUGUCUAUACUGGCAUGAAUUUCCGGAAAUGCUUAAAACAGAAUAGUUUUCGUUAUAAGUAUUUCCGGAAAAGGAGCGUCUACACUGGCAGGCUGCUUUUCCGGAAAAGCCCUUUUCAAGGUUAGUAGGUAUUACUUGGGGCAGGGAUGCCCCUGCAGUUGAUUUAAUACUACAUGUAGCCUGCUUUUCUGUCUUAAACGGAUGUUCUGUGUAAAAUUCCCACUGUCAGGGUAUCCAAACUGCAGGAAUCAAGACAGACUGGUGUAAUGGUCAUCCAUGGAAGGGCAAAUAGCUUUUCCAGAAAAGAGCCCCGAGCGUCAUUUUCGCGAUCGGGGCUUUUUUCCAGAAAA